AUGCACCCACUUUUACGUGAUCAUUGGCUUGUGGUGCCCUUGUUUGCAAUAGGCAUCUUUGCCACAGGAUUCCAUGCUAUUCCCAUUCUCACGGCCCUUUACCCUGCUUUACUACUACACUAUUCACGCAAGCAAUGGCGCAAUGUCUUGUUUGCCUAUGUCAUUGCAAGCCUUUCAACGACGCUAGCUAUCAUGGGCAUGUUUGACGGCGAUGCAGAAGCACCUUCAUUCCAACAUCCGGGCACUGUGUUUGGGCUCUCUCUUUUCGGUAACGUGGUGGUGCUUUGGUGUCUAGCAGUCGACCAUUUUAUGCAGCACACUUGCAUUUGGCAGCGUAUACUUGUUUUCCCUUGUCUAUGGGCUGGUAGUUGGUUGCUGUUUACUGCACUCGCUCCAUUCGGUGAUAUCUAUGUCUAUUCUAAUCCUGUAUUGGGGUGGUCCGAUCUCGUACAAGCUGCUGCAACUAUUGGUGGAAGACCCAUGAUUGAUUUUGUAUUGGCACUUGGCAGCACUAUUCUUCUCGAGCUCAAGCAUUCGUGGGAGGCCCCUGUAUUCCUUCGAGAUGAGGAGGAUGCUGGUGAACCUAUCUCGAAUCCUAUUCACUUUUGGAAAUCACCAACCCCUCUUUAUGCUAUCUUCAUUGGUAUCCUCUUGUUCUAUGGUGGUAUUCAGACAAGCAUUUACCCUGGUUCAUUCUUCCAAGUCGGUUAUCCUGAUUAUGUACCCGAAACUGUGCCUGUGGGUUGCGUUGUAGGCCCUGGUAACAUUAAUCAGGAAUUGCAAUUGCAGCAUGAACACUGGUUCAACAAGACAACCAAGCUUGCCGAGGCAGGCGCAAAGAUGAUAUUGUGGUCUGAGGAAACGGCACAAGUGCAUGAUCCAGAUGAGGAAGCAUCAUUGCUACAACGUGGAAAGGAUAUCGCCAAAGAGCAAUCCGUAUACAUUGCCUUAACGUACGACUUACUUGGACCCAUUCAGCAAAACAAGCUUGUUCUCAUCACUCCCAAAGGUGAUAUCGGCAUCGACUAUAUCAAAGCUCAUCCUGUACCCUUUGUGGAACCUCAACCAGCGGGUCCAAAUGUUUUGCCUUUUGUUGAUACUCCAGAGUUUGGUCGUGUUGGUGCUGCUAUCUGCUUUGAUUUCAAUUUUCCAUCAUUCAUGUUGCAAAGUAGCAAGAACAAGAUUGAUUUGAUGCUUCAAGCAUCUUGGACAUGGGGUCCAAUUGGUACAUAUCAUAGCCAAGGCAAUGCAUUAAGAGCGGUUGAGAAUGGCUUUACUAUGCUACGUUGUGGAUCACAAGGUCUAUCCGGGGUAUUUGAACCAGUAGCCAAUGGACUCUUUACACAACAUCUACCUUCGGUUAAUGACAACGACUAUAUCUUCAAUCUGCCACUGCGUAAGAGAAGAUGGACACUCUAUGGUUUUAUUGGUGAUGCAUUUGGCUAUGUAUGCUUAGGAUUAGGUGUUGCUGCUGCCGGCUAUCGUUUGUAUAAGAUCAUACAGGAAAGAAGGUCGUCCAACAUCGAGAUUUAG